CUCUUAGGUGACACCACAUUAAAAACUGUGCAGGGAGCUGUGACAAAGAUCUGUAAGGACCACGGCUUGAUUGAUGACUUGAUCUACUUCAGUAGUGAUGUUGUGACUGACAGUGUGUUUCUGAACGUGGGACAAAAAGUCACUGCCAUUGUGGAAGAAGAGAAAACAUAUGGAUGGAAAGCGAUCAAAGUGGUUGCUCUCUGUGAUAGUUGCCAUGGCAAUGGAAUGUCCAACUCCUACGCCAGAGUUUCAUUUGCCUCUAUUACCUCUGCAGAGGAAGGGGCUGACUACAUUGAUCAUACAACUUACUUCUCACUAGAUGUUGUUUGUAAAGGUUUUGAGCCUUACCAAGGAGACCGAGUAGAAGUUGAGUUUUCCACCCAAUCAGACCCGUUGGGCAGAAGAGCCCUGUCGGUGAAGCCUCUGAGACAUAAGCAUGUGCAUGAGGUCUACAUUACUAGCCUACAUGGAAGAAAUGGGGUGAUAGAUGACAGCAUCUUUUUCACCUUGGAAUCUCUGAAGCUUCCCGAUGGAUACACACCUCAAAUAUCUGAUGUUGUUAAUGCUGUCGUGGUGGAGAGCAGUCAGUCCUGCUAUAUGUGGAGAGCAAUCUCCAUGACUCCAGUGAAAAGGUGGUAAUGAGAAAACAGCAUUUGUAGUCCCCGUGAAGCUUUUCUUCUCUUGUCAGUAAAGAGCCUGGCUUGAAAGUGUUUUGUGAUGAAUAGUUCAGUAAA